AUGCAACGAAAAGUGUCCAUCAUCGGCGCUGGUCCAUCUGGCUUCGCCCUUGUGGCUGACCUCCAAAACCGCGGGAUGGACGUGUUGGUCUAUUCACACCCAGAGCACCUCCGAUAUGCCAACGAGGUCAUGGACAAGGGCCUAUUGACCGUACGGGGAAAGAUUGAGGGCUCUAUGCCCGUAUGUAUCACCACGGAUAUGAGUGAGAUUAUUGAGUUCUCCACGAUUAUCAUCAUUACGGUUCCAUCGACUGGGCACGAGACAGUUUUGCAGGAACUGAGAACAUUUCCUCUGCAACAUCACACCAUCAUCUGCAUACCGGGCAACUUAUUCUCUCUCAUUGCUGAUAUCGAGAUCGGAUGCGUCCUGGAGACCAACCUAUCUCCAUAUUCCUGCCGGAUGGAAAAGGAUGUGGUGGUGAUUCUGGGCAAAAAGAGUCUCAUCUUUAUCGCAGCACUUCAAAGUCCUCCAAGUCAGGCAGUAUACGACGCGGUACAAGAAAUCAUGCCAGUGGAUCUUUGCUGGUGCAGCAGUGUCCUCGAAGUUUGCCUGUUAAACGUAAACGGCGUGUUUCAUCCAUUGAUGAUGCUGAUGAACGCUGCUCGCAUCGAAGACACUGGUGGUGACUUUUUCUUAUAUCGAGAUGGCCUGACGAGCUCCGUUGCCAAGGCCAUGAUCGUGGUCGAUCAAGUGCGGAUGCAAAUAGGCAAGGCAUUUGGGCACAGCAUGAAAAGUGCGUUGAAAGUAUCCAACGAAUGCUACGGCCACGACUUUUUGGACCUAGUAGAUUUGGCAAGGAAUUCAGGUCCCCACAAGGGACUCAAGGCUCCGUCUGAUCUUCAAAACCGAAAUAUCUCAGAGGACGUUCCUGAUCUGCUUGUUUGCUGGCAUAACCUUGCUGAGAAGCUUGGCAUAGAUGCGUCACCCAUCAAGGCCAUUAUUGUCCUUGCCCAAAUGAUUACUGGUGUCGAUUAUUUUGAAUCUGGGAGAAGCCUCCGGAAGCUUCAUCUGGAAGACGUCUCCCGCAGUGAGCUGAUUGCAAGGUUCACAGCUCAACCGGACAACAUGAUUGUCAGUAGAUUGUAA